AUGGUUUUCGGACAAAGCGACUCUGAGGCUGCCCAGCAGCACAUUACCCCCAACGUCUUCAAGUCUGACGCCGACCAGGCCAAGGAGGGUGUCCAGCAAGACGUCAGGCACGCCACUAGUGGCACCCACCACCAGGCCGAAGACGCUAUCCGCCCAGACGCUGGAGGCAUCACCAGCGCUUUGAAGCCCAGUGGCGAGCAGAGUCUUGGUGAACAAGCUCAGCAAAAGGCGGGACAGAUUGGCUCUGAGGUCCAGCCGAACGACACCAAGUCCGCCACUCGUCAGACCAAGGACUUUGUCACCCCCGGUAACGACUCUGCCGGUGCUGGAGGUAUCUUGAACCAGAUCAAGAACAAGGUCACUGGAAACGAGCACAAGGGUACCCACUAG